UAGCAACAGAUAUCGCCUGUCAUACACGCUGGCUAGGGCUCUGGGGGUAAAAGAGAGAGACGUCGUUACAAACAGUCACAUGACGUACUCACGCGUUGCUAUGGCUGCCCCAGUGACAGACCAGGCCGGCCGCUGCAAUGAGACAGACGGUAGAUCAGACAGCGCUGGGUACACGCGGACGUUGACUAUACUGCAUCCACCUACCACAACAACAUGUCGACUGCUCAGGAAGACAAAGUUGGUUCUGACCGGACAGGUCAGCAGGGCAGUGCACAGGGCAACAACAAAACUGAUCCUGAUGCUAAGCUUCAAAACAACUCGCAAUCUCACUCGGCUAGACCCGGGCGCCAUCAGAGGAGCACUCCUGAUCCCAACCACCGGCUUCCCAGACGGUCGCGAAGUGCCGACAAAGUUUCCUACAGCGACGACGGAUUCGGAAGGUUCCAGGAGCUAUCUAGGCCACGCCCUGAGAAGUCAAUAUGGUGGACACGGUUUGGGCCGCGGGUAACUUGGGGUGACCAGUCCACAAUAGAGCCCAUCUCGUCCGCCGCCCUCAAAGCAGAGGCAUCGGAGAGAGUUCGAUACCUGGCCACGCCAAAGCGCAAUCAUCAAGGAGAAGAUGAACUGAACAGACCCUUGUACUUCUACAGCUGUGGGCGAGCUUCACAACUUCUGGAAACUAGCCCAACGGCCCAAAAAGCAGAGGCAAGUGCCAGAGUUCAAGCCCUGGCCACACCGAAGUCAACACAUCCUCAAUUUACAGAAAACAGGCGGCAGUUCGAGUACAGUUGCGGUCGCUCCAGUGUGCUUUGGGAAGUCAGUAAACCCGCCAUGAAAUGUGGAGACCGAGAGAGAACGCUGUAUUUAGCGCGCUAUAAAGACGUCCACAGCCAAUACCAGCGUCCACGUGAGGUACAGAGCGUAGUGAGCCCAGCGACAUUGAGUGCUAAGGCUUCUCCCCAUACAGAGAAUCUAGCUCAAGCCAAAGUGAGAGACAGUGGGCAGUACAGAGAUCCAGAAUGGCAGGUGAGCGAAUCGGCAAAAACUGCUAACGCAUCCAGUCGUUCUGUGGAACUGGCCAAACCAAAAGGUUUCGCUGAAGGUUACUUGUUCGAGAGGGAGGUCCAGUGGCCGGUGUCCCGAUCCGCCAAGAGGGCUGUGGCGACCACCAGAAUAAGUCAGCUGGCUCAGCCAAUCGUCAGAGCCUCCAUGGACCACGUACAAUUUAACCCGGAUGCCUUCCUGGUAAAACAGAACGCUCUCAAGGGUACUAUUUCACGGCGCGUAGCUGAACUAGCCCAGCCUGUUGUUCGGUAGGGAAAGGAUCAUUCCGAUCUUAACAUUCAUUGGAAGCUCCUAAUAUGGCAGAACACAGACGACAGCCCACGGGCAAUGUGAAGACAUCCCGAGUAUCUUAGAAGUUCUCCUAACGACCAUGGUGGCCAACAUUAUCUGUGAUAUUCAGAUCGCUUCGGUGUAAAAGAGCCACCGGUCUUUGCAAUUCUUAGCUAACCAAAUGAUGGAAUGAUACUUAUCGCUGUGGACUAUCCAGCCAAAGUCUUUCUUUUUUUAUGUCAUAAUGAUUCAUCAUACCAAAAUAUUGGCGUUGAGCUGGCUGUUUUCCAGUAUAUAUUCUAUGCCUGUUACGUACCGAAUCAGUUUUCUGUUAUAUUCCAUCAUGUAUGUGUGUAAAACUGCCACGAAUAUGUGAACAGUAUUAAACCAUCUUUUCAUCUUUCCCUUCGUAAUGUUGUCUCCCUUUUCACUUAU